GCACAACGAUACACUUAACUGCCAGUACAAAUUUUUCUUCAACAACAUGUCAUCCCCUGCAGUCAAUCAGAUCUCUUUCAGGACUCCUUUAGGGGCUGUCAACAAUGGUUCCAGCAUUCGAGUUUACUCUCAGGCUGUCGACAGUGGGAUACGAGAAAGUGCCUAUGAAGGUGUAUGGACUGGUGGCAAGAAUCCACUAGUAACUGCGAAGCUGAAUUCGCCCAUCGCCGCAACAUCCGUUGGUUUGACAAAUAUCAGUGUCUAUUACCUCUUGCCGGAUAAUACGCUCGGCGAGCAAUGCUAUGACCAGGGCAAGGGAUGGUACAAUGGUGCGCUUACAGGAGCCAAAUUUCCAGUUGCUGCAUAUACCAGCAUUGCUGCAUGUUACUUGCCUGGCUCUGGCACCGAUGCUCGAAUACGUGUAUAUGCUCAGGUUGAAGAUAACACGAUUCAAGAGUUUGGCAUUGACAAUCCAAACAAAGGCUGGUUCAAGAUGACCAACUUAGGUGCAGCUCUGCCCGGUGCUGGCAUUGCUACAUGUGCGUAUGCUUUGAAGAAUUCUGCUAUCAGUAUCAGGACUUACACCCAAGACAACAACUUGACCCUCGUAGAGCACGCCUAUGACACUGGUAAAGGCUGGUUCAUGGGUUCAUUUUCAGUCCCCGACGCUGUCACUCGUGCUUCGAUUGCUGUCUAUGCAUUCAAUACAGGAGCUACCAGCAGCAACGUCUCCCUUCGCGUUUACUAUUCUGGUAAAGAUGGUUUAAUGCUCGAGAAAGGGUUUGAUGGACUGUGGUACCAAGGCGCGUUUAGCGUACCCAGCAUUCCUGGUUCUGCGGUCGGUUGCAUCCAAGCCAGGAUUUAUCGCCAGAACGGAACGGACGUUAGUGCCGUAAGUGAGUGGAUGUGGACUGGUAAAUGGAUUGCUGGCCAGGCAGCUUUACCUCCAGCGUAG